AUGUUCCAGAAUCCGGGCCACGGGGAAGGAUUUCUCAACGUCAGCAAAAAUGUGGACUUUCGCUUCCUUCUUCCCGGAUUUGGCCGACCAUUAGAUUGGGCUCCGUUCGAAAAGAACAUUUACGGAGUCGCAAGCCGGAGCAUGUUCCCGACGGCUGCAGAUGAUCGAGAUAUCGAGAAUGGAUACACCGAGUUGCCCGUACAAACGCUUCGUGAAAUGGCCAUGGUGGCUGUCAUGGAGGAGAUCACCGAUGUUCCUGAAUGGUGGAAGAAGAUAUCAGAUCCCAAGUUUGCAGACGAGUGGAAGGAGAAAGCUAUGAACAGCGGCAGAGAUAUCACACAAAACAUGGCCGAGUGGAUUAUUGAUGAGCUCGUAUACAAGGCGAUGAUUUAUGAGAGGUUCCACUCCGUCGCGCUCUACAAUGGAGAUAUCACCAAGUCGGACACCAACGUACCCGACUCUCUCAUCCAAAGCUUACAAUCUGCAAUAAAGGUGCUAGAGAUGAGUCAUGAAGAGCUACAGUUCUACCAUCCACGCACUCGGAGCAAACAACGAGACCUUCUUGCCAUGACCUUGUAUCCACUCGUUUAUGGCAAGAGUCGCAUUCUUCCUGACAGGCUCAUUGGCCUGGACGAUGCACUGCGACACGCCGGUCAAGGUGAAGUGAUACCUGUACCCACUGAUACUGGUAUCACUAGGGAGGAUAUGGCCUGGCGGGUACGAGCUCGAGCAGACAUUUCCAAGAAGCCGUUCAGUAAGCUUUUCCAGAUUCUCCCGUCGGACUGGGAACUUGGUGACGAUGGCCGAUGGCACAUUGCGACAUACAUCAAUAACUUACAUCCCGUCAAACACCGGGACAUAUACAAGAUCAUCGAAGACACCUUCAACUGCCUUGUCCCGCAAUUCAAUAUGACCAUCACCCCGCUCAAAGAUAUGCUUCACUCUCGUGCCCGCAUCGAAUACCACAAGGCCGAAUACUACCCUGUCUCGAAGGAGGUCGCCCAGCAGGCGCCACAGAUCAAACCUCGCGAGGCACAAAGCGAAUUCGAAGAACGAUACGAGAAGUGGCGGAUGGAGCACUAUCGUGUGAUCCAGCCCGAUGCCGGAAAAUUCAUUCCUUGGGCUGUGCCGCCGUGUUUGAUGUCCAAGCUUCCAGAGGAUCUACCUAGUGCUGUUCGCAUUGAACAGGCGGUUGACCUCAACAGAGACUACAAGGAUCGUGGAUUGCAGGUGAUCACACGGCUACUGGGUGUAGACCUCACUCCAGAUGACCCGUACUUUCAGACAGACUGGCACGUUGAAGGCCAAAUGAACGAACAUAUCUGUGCCGCGGCUUUUAUCUUCUGCGAGAACGAAAACAUGGAAGUUCCCGUCAUGGAAUUCCGCAACAUCGUCGAAACAGCCAUCCUCGGAGAAGUGGAACAUGAACCCAAUGACUUCAUCUGGCUCCGGCAAGUCUACGGCAUGGACAACGGCGAGCCGGCUCUUCAACGACCAGGCUCGAUUAAAUGCACUCUCGGACGCACCACGAUAAUCCCCAGCACUGUGCAGCAUCGCAUCACCAAGUUUGAGCUCUCUGACAAGUCGAAGCCUGGUAGAACCCGUGCGCUGGCCUUCUACCUCGUCGACCCCAAUAUCCGGAUUGUUUCAACAGCAAACAUUCCACCUCAGCGACUGGAUUGGAUCUUUGAUGCACAGGCUGAGGAGGGAGAUCUUGCGAAGCCGAUGGCUCAGUUGGCCGUGGAUAAUAAGCACGAGAAAGGAGACAUGCCGAUGAGUUUGAAAGAGGCGCUUGGGAUCAGAGUUGAGGCACUGAAUGAGCUCAUUGAAUUCACGCGAUAUCAGCAUGUUGCGUUUGAGUCUAAUGUUUUGAUGCUUUAG